AUGAAAAACUGCAUAGUGUGGAAUGCUAGAGGGGCUAAGAGUGCUGAAUUCAAGAAACACUAUAAAGACAUGGUUAAUAUCCACCAACCAUGUAUUUUAUCUCUCCUGGAAACCAAGAUGUCAGACCACCAAGACCUGUGUGAGGAGAUUGGCUUCCAAAACCACAUCCAAUCUGAGGCCAAUGGCAACUCUGGUGAUUUGGUCAUUAUGUGGAGGAAGGAUGCCAUCACUAUCGCCUCUGUUUCUAUCUCCAGCCAAGCCAUUAAUGCUAUGGUCAAGGUUAGUUCCCCUCCUUCCUCUUGGUAUAUUAGUAUUAUUUAUGCUAGUAAUGACUUCAAAGCUAGGGUUGAUAUUUGGAAUCAACUUGCUUCUUUCUCAGAAAGCUACAUCUCCCCUGAAGAGAAUAGUUGGCUGGUAAGGGGGGACUUUAAUGAGAUCCUUAGAGCCUCUGAAAAAUUUGAAGGAGCCAGGAUCAAUCAAAAUAGAUCCAAUCUUUUUAUGAAUUACAUUAACUACUGUAGCCUUAUUGACCUGGGCUUUAAGGGUAGUAAGUACACCUGGUCUAACAGGAGAUAUAGAAAUAGAAAUGGACUUAUCCUAAAAAAUUUAGAUAGAUGUCUUGCCAAUGACCUUUGGAUCUACCUUUAUCCGGAGGCCUCUAUCACUUAUCUGCCUAGAACUAACUCUGACUACUCACCCCUUCUCCUGAACAUUGGCUCCUCCCCUUCCAACCAGAUUAAACCUUUUAGAGUGGAGUCUGUGUGUCUUAGCCACCAAGACUUCCCUAACCUGAUCAAUGAUUCUUUCCUUAACUUUUCCUGCAUUACCAUGUCCACCUUAGAUUUUGAGGAGAAGGCUAGGGUUUGGAACAGGCUUCUUUUUGGCAAUAUCUUCAACAAGAAAAAGCACUUGCUUGCAAAAUUAGCUGGUAUCCAGAAAUCCCCAAACUACCCCACAAGCUCCUUUCUCCAGGGGCUUGAGAAUACUCUCCUCAAUGAGUUCAAUGAUAUACUCAACCUGGAGACUGAGUUCUAG